AUGCAUUUGAAGCGACAGUUAGAAGAAGAAUGCAUGGAGUUACUAAUUUCAACACUCUUUGCUUUCGCACUGGCGGACAUCGAUUCUACGAUUACCCGCUUUGCCAGCCAGAUUAAUAUUGACGGUACCUAUGCUUUUGAUACAGCACAAUCUAAUGGAGCUGCUUUUAGAGAGUUUGGUAUAGGCGGCCAAUAUGCGAAGGGAGCUUAUGAAUAUUUCUCACCUGAAGGAGAACAUGUGCAAGUCGUUUAUACAGCUGAUGAAAACGGCUUCCAACCGGAAUCGAAUUUCUUGCCAACACCGCCACCAAUACCAGAAUAUAUACUAAAAGCUAUAAAAUACAUUGAAGAACAUCCAACAGCAGAGGAACUGGCUGAUCGUGAAGUCCGGGCGAAGCAGCUGUAAAUUAUUUAAAUAUUUUAAAUAAUUUUUGUUAAGAAAUCACUUUUUGU